AUUGGGUUAAAAUAUUGAAGAAAUUUAUUUUUCAAAUUUUGAAACAAAAACCAAAGUUAUUAAUUAAAAUUAUUAAAUAAAAUUACGAUACUGUAUACUGAAAUUACGAUGCUGGGAAUUGUUUUAAUGAGUGUCAUAAAUACCCAUUAAGUUUUUUAAAUGCUUACUAAUUUACAAACAUAGUCAUAACAUGUAUUGCAGGGUCUGAACUGACGCGACUUGUACUUCAGGAGUCUUAACAUUUCCUAGUCACUUUUAAAAAUAUAUAAAUACUUUUUGUAUAUCUAAAAAACAUAUUAUUUAUAAAAAGUCAAUUCCAAUUAGAAUGUCAUUAAAUUUUAAGAUUUGGGAUCAAUUUUGCCAGAAACUAUAUUUAUCAAAUGGCAAACGAAGCUGAAGAAACUAUACGCAAGCUUUCCAUGCACAAAGGAGUAGUAGGAGUUGUAGUGGUGAAUGGUGAAGGAAUACCCAUUAAAUCGACUUUGGAUAAUCAUGUUUCUGUGCAAUACGCCGGUCUGCUUAGCUCUUUGGUGGACAAAGCGAAGUCUGUCGUCCGUGAUCUAGAUCCUACGAACGACCUCACAUUUCUACGUAUUCGAAGUAAGAAAAGUGAAGUGAUGGUUGCUCCAGAUAAAGACUUUAUUUUGAUAGUCGUUCAAACCCCAGUUGAAUGACGAAGGCUUUCGCCCUUAAGGCAUUAUAGAUUUAUCUUUUAUUUCAAAACACUAUUAGGAACUUUAAUUCUUAGAAAAUAAAACAUUUUAAGAAUGUCAA